AUGACGUCUCGGAAGACGCAACAAGAGAUCGAUAAGACAUUUAAGAAGGUCGCAGAGGGAAUUCAGACCUUUGAGGGAAUCUACGAGAAGAUCCGCUCCGCUACGAACCCCACCCAGCGUGAUAAGCUAGAAGAGAACCUCAAGCGCGAGAUCAAGAAACUCCAAAGGUUCCGCGACCAGAUCAAGACAUGGGCUGCAGGCAAUGAGGUGAAGGACAAGACUCCUUUGCUAGAGCAGCGGAAGGCCAUUGAAACGUGCAUGGAACAGUUCAAGGCCGUCGAGAAGGAGAUGAAGACAAAGGCCUAUUCCAAAGAAGGGUUAUCAGCGGCAUCACGUCUGGAUCCGAAGGAAAAAGAGAAGGUUGAGGCUUGCGACUUCUUAUCAUCGAUGGUCGACGAACUUCAACAAAGGAUCGAGGCCAUGGAAGCUGAAGAGGAGAUAUUGCAGGCGCAAAUGAAGAAGGGCAAGAAGGACACGAGCAAGACCAACCGGAUGGCGGAUAUCUCACGCAUAUCGGAACGCCAUAAGUGGCAUGUCAACAAACUAGAGUUCCUCUUGCGAUCGUUGCAGAACGGCAAUUUGGAAGUCGGCCAAGUGCUGGAUCUCAAAGAAAGCAUCAAAUACUAUGUGGAGGAAGGCCAUAACAUUGACUACUCCGGAGAGGACGAGACGCUCUACGAUGACUUGAAUAUCGGUGAAGAGGUUGAGGCGCAGUUUGGCAUGACAGGAGACAACGACCGCGUAUCCUCUCAAGAUACUCAAUCGAUUCAAGAUGACGAACCUGAGCCUAAGCCUAAGCCCAAGGUGGAUGCCACGACAAAUCGACGCCCAUCUGCACAGAUGAAAUCCCCGCUUCCCGUCCUCGCCACCCUUCAUCCCGCAACUUCAUCCAGUGCCGCCCCAGGCAUGAAGCCGGCACCCCUUCCGACACGACUUCCUGGCGAGACUUUGAAGUAUGCUUCGGCCGCCGCGGCCGCAGCUGCAAGUGACAAGAAUGGUGUUGGGAUUCUGCCUUUACCGCCACCACCUGGUGCCAGCCCCGCUUUUUCCAAUGUUCUGCCGGUCUCCAAAGCGUCUUCAACUGCUUCCCCAAGUGUUUCCUCAGUACAACCGGUCGUCAAGGCUGUAACAACAGCAGCAGCAGCUUCAUCUUCUGAAGAAGCUGUGACAUCAGCUGUACGGUCUAUAACGCCGGCAGGCACAGCAGCGUCUGGCACAUCGUCACCCGCCCCGGUAGAUAAAGCCGAACCUCUAAAGGAGGAGCUGAAGACCAAUGGCAAGACAUCUACAAAGGAUGAGAAUGAGAGCGAAGAAUCGGUGUAUCACUUGCCACCGGGUCUUCAAGACCUUGUCCAGUCAUGGGAGUUGACCAAGGAUCGUGCUGUAGCUGGCACUUCAUCACCAGCCGUUCAACGUCUUCUUGCUGCCUCGCUCACAACGUGUCCGGAGCCUGGGGAUGCGGAGAAGCCUCGUCACUAUAAACCCCAGAACCCCUACAAUACCCCUCUCUAUUACCCGCAAGAGCCUCUUGCCAUUUUUGAUGACCCCCGGCUGUACGAUACUGGCAGGAUUGAUACGGAUACAUUGUUCUACCUCUUUUACUACCGACAAGGGUCGUACCAGCAGUACUUGGCUGCCAAGGCCCUGAAGAACCAAAGUUGGCGCUUCCACAAGCAAUACCAAACAUGGUUCCAACGACACGAAGAGCCGAAGAACAUCACGGAGGAGUUUGAGCAAGGCACUUACCGAUUUUUCGACUAUGAGAGUACAUGGAUGAACCGGCGCAAGGCUGAUUUCAAAUUUGUGUACAAAUAUCUUGAAGACGAGUUAUAA